UUGACCUUGUGGUAUUUUAACUCCUUGUGGGUGCAACCACUUAAAAACAAGUUUUCCCGGCAUUUUUGACAUCUUCAGACAAUUUUCUUAGCAUUACAAGUAACUAGACAAUGAAUUUCACACGGAGCAAUUGCUCGCCGUUGAGUAAAAACCCGGUGGUGCAGCGCAGCCUGGACUUGCGACUGCGAGGCGCCCAAGCGCGGCAUUACCUCAAGUGGUGCUCCAUAAAUGUGGUGCUGCUGUCGCUGCUCCUCUUCGACAUCUGGCAGGCAUGUCGGUCCGUCUACCGGACCUACUGGUUUCUGGCGGAGUGCACCAUUACCAUCCUCAUUGGCCUAAGUGCGCUGGCCUGCUUCGGCAAGUAUUUGUGGUUAUGGUUUGGCGGCGACCAAGUGAUGGGUAGCGAUAUCCAGAAGUGGCUGCUGGACGGCAAGGAAGAGAACUCUUUGCGGACAGUUUGCGCCCGAGCCGUAAAGAAACCACGCAGCUACGAACCCGACAGCGAUAUAGAGGAUGACAUACCCAUCAUCAACUGGCACUCCUCCUUUGAGGACUCCUGCUGGGGCUCGCAGUCAAUGCGGCGCAGCCCUAGUCCCACAAGGACGCCGCAGCAGACGAACCAAAACGUCUCCUACAACUCCUCGAUGGUGCAAAACAACUCGUUGAAUGCUAGCAAUCUGAGCAACGAGUCCGCCUACAUGUCCCCGUAUGCGGAGGUGCGCCGCGAUGACUUCAUGACCGAUACUCGAAAGUUGACCAGUCUAAUGAAGCAGGCGGAUCGCGAGCGCAGCAUGGUGGACAGCUCGGACACUCCCAAUGUGCAGAGCAUGGGCACGGCCAACUCCUUCUGGAACUACUGCAACAACGCGGCCUAUAUGCUCAAGACCACCAUCUACCAACUGUCGCCCGCUCCGGCGGUUUCUACGGAAAAUGCUCCCACCUCCAUUGAGGAGUUUGGCGGCUUCCAGUUCAGGGACAGCAAUUCGGAGGUCAUCAAGCGCAUCUCCACGGACAAACUGUCGCAAUAUGUGGCCAACCUAAGAUUUUGGAUUUCUACUACCAUACUGCAGCGUUUGGUCAAAGAGAUCAAUUAUGUGGACGAUGUUUUUCGCCAGCGUGGUUUGAUUGACCUUAAAAUUGGAUCUGUAAGCCUGGAGAGAUUGCGCAAAACAGCCGAAAACCAACAAUUCGUGCAAACAUGUGCGCCCAUGUUGCCCAUGCUCUUACCUUUCCUGGACACCUUCAGCAACCAAGAAUACCUGGUGCAGCGCAUUAAGGAGCUGGCGCAGGGCUCUUGCAUAGCCGACUACCGCUGGAACUCGGGCAAAACGCACAACGGUCAGGAGUGGGGCGAGCAUUUGCCCACCGAUGCAGCUAUACUAUUCCACUUGUUUUGCGUGUACUUGGAUAGCCAGCUGAUGCCGUUGCCGCAGGGCGGCGGACGACCCUUCCACUCCCGCUACGUGCUUAUUCGCGACGAGAAGCGCUCCACCAAGGACGUGGUGAACGCAGUUCACAACAAGGCCCACUGUGCCAUUUUGACUACCAGCAAUCUACUUAACCCCAAAUUUAACUUUAUCAGUGAUAAGGAGCUGCACAACUGCGUCUACGAUAGGAAUAACCUGUUCUACGUUAUCAUACAGUUCCUAAUUUACAUGCGACAGCACCAGGAAUCUGCUCUGGAGUGCGUCAAUCUUGGCAAGAGCGGCAUCAACAUCAUGUGCGUCAUCGAAGACUGAGUUGGGCAGCUAAUCGGCCAUGGCUAUGACUUUUAACCCAACCCUAAAUCACUCGUUACUUCUAAGCAUCGCCCUUUUCGACUCGACUAUCGUUUGGUGCCUGCGGGCAAUCCUCAUCAUUCGUUACUAUUAAAUUAUGCAUUUGUAAUUAUUAAGCCAA